AUAUUCAAACCAUUUAAUUGUAAAUUGUGAUUUGAAUUAUGUUUGUUUUACAAGUCAUAUAACAAUAAUUAUAAGUAUGUGUUUUUGAUACAAAAACUGUUUAAUACUAUUGGAUUGAAAUUAUUAUUUUUAAUUAUUAUCACAAUAAUAUGUUUGUAAUUUAUUAAAUAUUUAUAGCAAAAGCCAAAAGGUGCUCUCUUAUUCACUGCUGGUUUGGUUUGGAGUUAUACUGGUUUUUUCAUGAUUGCCAUAAUGAAUCCAAACUCGUGAAUUGGAAACUUCCCCUAUAAACUCAACUGCUUCUUCAGCAGAAGAUCGAAUCAUACUGAGUUUCCACAAUGUCUUCAUGGGUUUCAUUCGUGAUGUUUUUCCUGUGUCUCUCCUUCAACGGUGUCUCCUAUGCCAGACACCGGAAACACCCGCAUUCUGCGGCCACGCUUGUUGGAACCGUCUACUGUGACACUUGCUUCCGUCAACAAGUGCCCAAAUCCAACCAUUUCAUUUCAGGGGCAACGGUGGCGGUAGAAUGCAAGAAUGCCGGAAAACAGACGUUCCAGUCAGAAGUAAAAACAAACGAAAAUGGUGAAUUUGAAGCCAAACUCCCAAUCUCCAUCGGUAAAAACGUCCACAAAAUCAAAGGAUGUUCAGUCACACUAAUCAGCAGCGGCAAACCGUACUGUUCAGUAGCAGCCACAGCCACCUCUUCAGAAAUCCAUUUCAAAUCCAAAAAGGCCGGCACCCACAUCUUUUCCGCCGGUUUUUUCACAUUCAAACCACAACUAUGUAACCAAAAAGACUUCACCGGAAAAACUUUCCCACCAUCACUUCCUGAUCCUCCAGCACCCUUCUUACCACCUAUCGAUAUUCUUCCUCCUCUUCCGGUGCCGGAUUUACCCGUUCCGCCCCUAGUUCCGCCGCUACCACGGCUCCCUGGACUUCCACCCAUUACCGGCCAAAAAUCCUUGGAGAAUGUUAAGUUGUCCGGCAAAAAAACUUUCGGUUUUCCUCCGAACCCGUUUCAACCACCGUCACUUCCGUUACAGCCUUCGCCGCCGUCGCUGGUUCCACCUGUGAUUCCGUCGCCACCGCCAGCGCCGUUGCUUCCGCCUGUACCGGGUGUGAUUCCGUCGCCGUCACCGCCGCCACCCGCGUUUCCGAUUCCCUUACCUCCGACACGUGCGAUACCAGGAGUCCCUCUAGUCCCACCAGGCAUCUACUUGAGAAAAACCAACCCUUGAUUAUAUUAUAUUAUGACCGGUGUAACUUUUUAAGUAACAUUUUAUGCAUAUUCAUUGUUUUCUUUUAACCUUGUACAAUCUAUUAUAUGUAUUACAGUUAAGCGUAUAGUGAGUGUAACCUGAUAUAUUUGAAAAUAAAAAUUAUAUUUCUUUAAAUUUUA